GUACCCCAUUUAUCAAACCGAUGCCCAAUGUGACGGCUACAGCCAGCAAGGACCACUCUCUCAGAUGUUAUGUCUCCGGAUACCCGCUGGACUCCAUCCACUGGACUAGAGGCUCCGCCCAGCUGCCAAUCAAUCACAGACAGAGUGUCUUAGAUAAUGGGACCCUGAUCAUUCGUCACGUGCAGAGAGAAGACUCCGGACAGUACACAUGUGUCGCUCGCAACCGUGAGGGGCAGGGGAUGGAGCGGAGCAUGCACAUAGCAGUCGUUGAGCCUCCUGUGAUAGACCCCUUCCAUUUCCGUCAACGCAAGCAAGGGGACAGAAUCCUGGUCACCUGCGCGAUCAUCAGUGGAGAUCUGCCCAUCACCAUCCAGUGGGAGAAGGACGGCAGAGCUAUUCCACAAGAUUUAGGCAUUCGUAUUCAG